AUGUUGAAAAACACUUUCAAAAGGAAAGCAUUUCAAGCUAUAAAUGUGACGGAAAACUCUUCGGAACCGCCCGUACAAGUAGAUGAGCAAAUUAACGGUUUAACAUCUAGAAUAGACAAGCUCGAAGAAACAAUAAAUAAGCAGAACGAACUGAUAAUGGGAGAACUUGCUUCCAUUAGUAUUUGCCUUCGCCAACUUGUAUCUCGCAAAGAAAAUGACAACUUGAGGAAGAUGUUUCCUGUUGAGACGGAAGAGGAGUUAAUAAAUUUAGAAAACAUUGAAAAUGUGGACNUACAACUUGAGGAAGCUGUUUCCUAUUGA